UUAUGGUUGUUUGGGAAACAAAGUUUUGUGCAAAAUGUCAACGAUUGUAAAAAAGCUGUCAAACUAGGACAGCACGUAAAAAACCUCUCCCCCACAAGUCAUGUCUAAAUUUUUAGUGAUAGAAAUCCUGUAACUGCAAAAAAAAAUCUCAAUCGUCAUUCCUAAGUCAAGCCCCGACGUCGUAACUGCACGCCUCGUCCUCACCGCCCCCCUCCACCACAAACCCUUUUUUCAACCCGACCCCCACACCAUUCUAGUAACCGAAGUUAAGCCGAAGAGACGAGAGUAAGAUGCGCGUGCGACGAUAGAGGCGUGAGAUUGACUAUGCAAUACAUCUGCCGGGCGUGCAGGAAUCGCAUUCAGUAUCAACCCCGUCCGACGGGGGUGUGCCGCUGCAGCUGUGGCCUGCUGAACGUGUGCUAUCGCGACGACACGUGCCCGUUCUGCGAAAGGGAGGUGGAGAUCAAGUGCAAGACUGACAAGGCAUCACUGCCACGAGUCGGCGAAAAGAUCAACGACAUGAUACGCAACCUCUGCAGCUGCUACAAGUGCUGCCCAACGUGCAAUUGUAACCCUUGUUGUGUACAACACCCGCUGCCACCUGGUUGCGUGUGUGGUUGCAACCAUUCGGCGGGGGGCGUGUGCUGCCGGAAGCCAAGCCCCCCGCAUACAUGCUGUUGUGAUCCUACACCACCAUCACCACCGCACGUUGCAUCGUGCUGCGAUUGCUGUGAUACCUCGCCGUCAUCCUGCGUGCCUGUCUGCACGCCCUGCUGCCCUGUACCAGCCGACUGCGAUUGUUGUUGCGCCAUCAUCUGCAAACGCCCAUCGCUGUACUGCAAGUUAUCCCUCGCCACAGUUGGCGUGUUGUUGAUGCUUACCAUCGCUAUGGCUUACUAUUACUAUAAGAACUAUUACCUCAAGUGUUCAACAGUGCGCCGAUACAAAAUGUGGUGAGGGCCGUGCGGAUCUAGUUGGUCCAGGACGGGUGACAGCCAAUGUUGUCACACUGACACAGCUGAAAAUUUAAGUGCAGUAUUUCGUCAUCAAUAAAUUUUUAAUUCGCUUUGUCUACACUUUCUGUGUGUUGUGUUGGGUGUGGACUAUGUCUAUCUGAAAAUUAUGGGAGGUGAUCCAAGAUGAACCAAAAUGAGUAGUGAAUACUACCCUUAUUAUGACUCGGGUAGUCGAACCUUUACGGGGAGUAGUGAUUACCUUCAAUAUGGACGUAUGUAUGGGUCAAGCACCUCCUAUAGUUCAGGAUAUCCUUACCCUGAUUAUGUUCCUGGGAGGAGGCCGAGGUCCAGUACAAAAGGAGGUCCGCGUCCACCGAGUCCUAUACCAAAUGAUUGUCGCAAGUUGUUUCCGGGUGUACCAUGUCCUCCCAAAAGUAAAAAGUGUUGUAAAUAUGCUGAGGAUACCAUUAAUCAACACCCUUCGCAAUGCACAUGUCGAAAAAUACCGAAAAUUGUCUCCAAGACAGUGUUUAGAGCUGCUCAACCAUGUAAGGGACCAUGUGAAGCUGAUCCCACUUGUCAGCAUUGUAUGCAUUAUGAGUUUGCUCCGGCACGGUGUUCUAACCCUAAACCACAGAAAGUGAUAAAUCCGGUUAGUUUUGAAAAGUACUACUACCUAGGUGUACCUUCAUUAUCCAAAAACACAGAACCUGUAUUACAGGCUAGGUUUAAUCGUUUGGUACCUUGUAAUCAAGGUUUGAAAAUUCGGGAGAUUACUUCAAUUGAUGAUGUUGAUUUAACAUCGAAAUAUUCUUUGUCUUCUGUGAUUUCUGCACCUUAUGAAAGCACAGAAUAUGAUGGUACUUAUCCGUAUUCUUCUGCGGCAACUGGGUCGUUUGAUAUCAACACCAGUAGUAGUAGUACAAUCACAGAAUCUUCCCUGGAUGCUGAAAGAGGUCACAGAUUGAUGGCAAUAGGUCCCACGAGAAAUAAGGAAGUUGAAAAUGUUCCGAUACAGAAAAAUCAUGCUACAGGUCCUGAUAUGAUGACCUCCAAAGUAGCAGGGACCAAUUAUUCUAAGCCAGGUAUUGCUAACCGAGGGAUAUCAGCUGAUUCAUUGAAAACUAUCCAGGAAGCACCUUUGAAGUUGACUGUUGCUAAACCUGUUGAUGGUAUGUUACCCACUGCUUAUGAUGAGACUCCUGUGAAAGAAAAAUUAAUGAAAGCGGAUACAGUUAGCAAAGCACACUCGGGUAAACCCUUCAUGGACCAAGAAUUUAAGAAGAACCUGAUUUCUCAAUUGGACUGUGAUAGACGGGACAUAGAAAUUGCUUCUAUGGGUUGCGGAAGGGCUCCACCAGCGAGAUUUUACGACCCGGGAGGUUGCAGGUCAUGCGCAACUUUGAGAGAUCAUUGGAUUCCAGGUACACCUCCUGCACCCCCACCAACACCACGCUCAUCCAUUACACCUUCAAUACCAUCUAGGGAACAUCAAAUUAGUGCUUCAGUAUUAACAAAGUUACUUGUUAAGGAAAGGGUUAAGAGUACUAAUGAUCAAAGUGUUCAAACUGAUUACCCUGAUCAUUUAAGGUUUAGGUCUACAAUAGAAUCUUUCUCAACACCUGUAUUUGAUAGUGAUUCUAGUGAGAUGAGUAGGUUUGGUCCUAGUGUUAGUAGGAAUAUGAUCCAAUCUAUGAUCGAGACCUUAUCUCCUGUUUCAAGUGUUAGGUUGGUCAGUAAGACGCAGUCUUUGACGAUUAUUUCUAAAAGUACUCGGCUAGUAGUUGAUACACCUCCUAGGGUUCCUUCUAGGGACCUUCAAAAGUUUAAUAGUGCGAAAGUUGAUAAAGGAGGUGAGCAAUUACAGAAAUCUAAGGUUGAAGGUACUAAGGUUACAAAUACAAAGGGAACAGUAAAGAAAGAUUCUGCAGUUGAGGAUAUUCCUAAUGAGGCUUUGAUUGCUGUUGAGGAUAUUGAUGCUGUCGAAAGUUCUAAGGUAAAGGCUUCACCUAGUUAUAAAGAAAAAGAUAAGAAGGAGAAAAAGAAAAAAAGUAGGAUACCUAAGUUGAUUCGUCAUAAAAAGACACCUAGUAAUACUACAAUUAUUAGGAACAAAACAAAACGGGAGAGGUUUAAGUUUUUCCGAAGGAAAGGUACCAAAAAACCAAAGGCACCUACUGUGGUUAAUACCGAUCAACAAACUGAUAAAAUAGAGAUAGAUAGUAAACCAGAAUUAAAGGUUAAUACAAGAGGGGAGGUUGAUAUCCGUGUUAUUCCUAGGAAAUCUGUUUCUACACUUAGUAUUUCUGAGUCUACUUUAGUUAUUCCACCAUUUGAACCUGAAACGGUUUCACCUACAGAAUCUGAAGAAAGCAAAAAUUCUGAUGAGUCUAAUACUUCCAAAGAUUCUGAAGAAUCAAAUGAAUCUAAAGAUUCUAAAGAUUCUAAAGAUUCCCAAGAGUCUGGUUCAGAUAAUUUACAGAAUAGUUCUGAAACAUUAGUGGUGGAAGUCCCAAAAAAGAAGAAAAAGUUUUCAAAAAAAUCUAAAAUUCCAAUUUUAACUUCCCGGUCAUUGUCCAACUCAGAUAUAAGGUCAAAAACACUUAAUAAAGAGGAUUCAGAAUCUACAGUUGAUUCAACUAUAGAAUCUGAAGAUACUACAAUAAAAACAACUUCUACGAAAACCACAUCUGCCCCUUCUGCCCCUUCUGCAUCACUCGUUUCUCAUUCAUCUAAAACUCAUUCCCAUUCAACUUACAAUUCUUCACCACAAAGAUCUAGAUCCCUUGCAUCAUCUAAAACCAUUUCAACUUUAGAAACAAUUCCUGAAAUAGAACGAUAUCAAUAUAGGCCCCUACGACACACACAUCACAGAUACUCUGACAUUGAUUUUAUUAACUGCGGGUCCAAUUCACUGAGUAAUACAAAUGAUCGUCACUCAGAUAAUUGGAAGUACCGACGAGUCCACCCCAUGGGGCAUCACCAUCAUCAUCAUCACCACCAACAUGAAGAUAGAGAAAGGGAGAAGGGUUAUCAGUCUCGUAUGGGUAUUCCCUGCUAUGGUCCCCCGGUCCUUUUUGAUAAUGGCCAGUGUCGUAAUCAAUGCACCCAGAAAGAUCAUGAUUACCACAGGUCUCAUGGGACUUGUUAUACAAAAGAAUAUGAAGUCUACCAGUCUGAAGGUGUUUGUUGCAUUGGUAGUACUUUUAAACUAGCAGGAACGGAUAAAAGGUUACAGAAUGAAAACCUGCAGACUGUGCCCAUGUUUGGAGAUGUUGGAAGUCAAGCAGAUCAUACUUCUUUAUUCCGAAGACUGGAUGAGGAGUAUCUACGAGGGAGUUUUGGAAAGAAACUACCUUUUAGGAUACCUUCGAGUAUUUUGGAGGGUUUGAAGGAGCAUACUAAGGAACCUUUGAAAAUCUGUAUAAAAGAUCGUGGGAUACAAACACCUGGGAAGUGUCCCAUACAUGGGGAUAAAUUGAUCAAAGAAACUGUGAUCCCUGUCAUUCCAAAUAAAAAUAUCUACCAACCAAUGGCGAUGGAGAAUCAUUCCAAGAUGAACAAAUCAACAGAUGUCUAUCAGGCUACUUUUGCUGAUGAUAAAAAUAAAAAUAAAAAUGCUGAACCAGGAGAUCUUGAGCCUCGGUCAAGCAGGACCAGUUUAGAUGACGAUGAUGACGAUGACGAUGAAGAUAAUAUUGAAGAACCCCUAGAAACACAAAAAACCGUCUCUGGAGCUGAAGGUAUCCGACGUAGGAGAUACAGUGAUGAAAGCAUAGCAAGCUGGAGAUCCAACCGAUCUAACCGAUCAAACCGUAACUACAAACAACGUCGAGCUGUCAGGUAUGAAGAUGACCGGUACAAAAAACGAGGUUGGUUAGACCGUUUAAAGCGCAAACAAGUAAACGAAGACAGUGAUGAUUCCGAUGACUAUGAUGAUCGUAGAUACUCCCGAGGUAGAAGUAGAUCCCGAAAAAAAUACGACAACCGCUCCAGAAGCAGGGAUAGAUCCCGAAGGGAUAGAAACCGCUGGUAUAUGGAUGACAAAGACUACUAUGAAUAUGUCAACAGAAAGAAUGGUUGUGGUAAACGAGGUGGAAAAAGAAGAUCACGAAGUCGCAGUGGUCAAUGCGGGAAAAGAUCCAGAUCCAGGGGUAGAACCAGAGGCGGCAGGUAUAGAGAUUACGAUGAUGCUAACACCUACAGACCUUCACGAAAACCAGAUUCUGUCCCCCACCACGAUGAGGAGGUUGAGUGUCAUAAUGACUUUGGUAUUGCAAGGCAAAUAUUCGGAGGGGAAUGCAUGCAUGACGGGUUGCUCUGUGGGUGCGAGGUGGGCAACUGGGAUUACAUCAGACGUCCGGAGGUGUUAUCAGUGUUUGUUUUUACGGUGCUUAUGAUUAUCAACCUUAUUCUGGCAACGGUGACCGGGUGACUUUGUUAGAUAAAAAGUAUUUUGAUCAAUUUAUUCUAAGUCUAUUUUAAAA